CAUCAACAUUAUAAUAAUAAUUAUUAUUAUUAUUUGUAUUUCUAUAUAAGAUAUUUUGUUGCUGCUAUUAGACACUACUCUGCUGCUCUAUUUAUUCUAUACAGCAGAGAGUAACAUUGUCUAUGUUACUCUCUACUGUAUACUAAAUUAUGAUCAUGUGAUAUAUUGUUACUAUCAUAACUUUCCAACGUAGUAAAGCUAUGUCUGCCAGUGUUCUCUUACUUCUAGGGCUGCUGACUGCAGUUUCUGCUGAUUGUAUUGUUUAUAGUGACAAUAGCUGUAAAGCCAACUGCAGUGGAACAGUAUUAGACAUAUCUAACUUAGUGACUUACCCAUACCAAAUUGAUAUAAAUCAAAAUGACGGCACACCAAUUGGUAAAUAUUUUUCAUAUAACCCAUGCCAGGGGAUAGGUUGUGUGUCAACAGAUGAUAAUAGUGCUGUCUGUUUGAUAAAGGAUAGUAGUGAGAAAGUCAGUUGCGGCCUGAUUACCAGUAGCUCUACUGUAUGGCAGUUAAUUAGUAGUGAUCCAUAUGAAUUCACUAUUCAGUAUGGCUGUGAUAUCGGUGCAGACUGCCAGGCCUCAUUAUUUACAUUCACACAGACUAAAGACAAAGACGUGAGUGUUGCUUAUACAGGAGGUUCAACCGAUUAUUAUGAGUUUGCUAUAAAAGGUAAAUGUGUGGGACAGAAUAGUUGUGAAGAGCCUCAUCACGAGGAUGCUGUAGAUGUCACUGGUCUUCCUGGUUUGAUCCUCAUUCUCUUAUGUCUUGUUGGCUUAGCUACAUACUUCAUUGCUGGUAUUCUGGUGAUGAAGUUUGUCAAAGGAGCUACAGGAAAAGAACUCAUUCCCAAUUAUGCUUUCUGGUCGGAUUUACCUUAUCUCAUUAAGGAUGGCUGCUUGUUUGUUGUCAGUCCUUGCCUCCAACGAAAGAUUGACUAUGAGAAAAUAUAAAUUAUAUUUAUAUUAAAUGAUUAUAUCUUGUGCGAGUGACACUGGCUGUUGAAUAUUGUUUGCGUGAAAUGAUUCUAGUAGUCUACUAUUGAUAGCGAUUGUUGUAGUACGUUAUCACUAUUGUCAUGUGGGUGUUGUAAUAACUUACAAUAAACGAGACCAUUGAAUUGAAGCUCGUGGUAUAUGGUUAGCCAUGUAUGCCUUCAGUAUCCUUUUUCUGUUUCUUGGACUAACUUCAGCAGUGACUGUUACUGAUUGUGACAUUGACCCACAAAACAGUUGCAGAGUAAAUUGCAGUGGAACAAUAGUAGAUAUAUCUGAUCUUGUAAAUUAUCCAUACAAUAUAUCUCUAAGCCCAAGUAUUCCAGUAGGCAACUACUUCCUCUACAAUCCUUGUACAGGAGUGAAGUGUGAAACUAGUGAUGAAUAUUUAAGUGCAGUUUGCCUCUCUGAUGAUGAUGGUAGCUACAGCUGUGGUAGACUGGCAGAAAGCUCUGCAACAUGGGAGAUGACUAAUACCAAUCCAUACAAGUUCACUAUUCAUUAUGAAGGGGGAGAUUGCACUGGAAAUGAUUGCAAGACCUCACUAUUCACAUUCUCAGAGACUGAUAGCAGUGCUGUGAGUAUUAAAUACAAAGGGUUGGGUAACGGUGACUAUCAAUUUGAGGUGACUGGCAAGUGUAUUGGACAGAAUGGUUGUGAUCUAACACCUUCUCCUCGUCAUGCAAACAUAUCUGGCUAUAUAGGAUUUAUUCUCAUUGUAUUGUCAUUAGUGGCCCUGUUAGUAUAUUUCAUAGCAGGUAUUCUAAUUAUGAAAUUCUACAAAGGAGCAACAGGAAGGGAACUGAUUCCUAACUAUGCUUUCUGGUCUGGGCUACCGCUCCUUGUUAAAGAUGGCUGUCUAUUUACAAUCAGUCCAUGUUGCACCAAAAGAAAAGAAUAUGACUCUAUUUAAUUAGAGUUUUAGACUAUUCUAUAAUCAUGAAUCUAUGAUUGUCAGAUUGUGCUAUCUAAUCUAAAA